AUGGGAAUCGAAAGCAAGAGGCGACUUGCUCGUGAGACAGUGUUCUGGCCAAACAUCAACAAGGACAUUGAUCAGUUGAUAAAGCAGUGUGAAACAUGCCAGAAACACCAAGCAAGACAGCAGAAAGAGCCACUGCAUCCCCAUGAUGUACCACCAGCACCAUGGACAAGACUGGGAACCGACUUGUUCAUGCUCAAUAGACAAGAGUAUCUACUCGUUACUGAUUACUAUUCCAAGUAUCCCAUCAUUGCUAUUAAAGCUAACCGAUACAUCCAGUGCAGCUAUAGCAAGAGAGAUGAUGGGAAUCUUCAGUCUGUUCGGUCCACCAGAAGAGAUUGUGUCCGACAACGGUCCACAAUUUGUCGGAAAACCAUUCCAAGACAUGUGCAAGAAGUAAAUAUCAAGCACAUCACUUCUUCACCGCACUAUCCAAGAUCCAACGGAUUAGCUGAGAGAAUGGUUCGUACAAUCAAGAAUCUGUUGACGAAGUGUUCUCAAACUAGCCAAGACAGUCAACUAGCCAUGAUGCACCUGAGAGCAACACCAGUUGACAAUUACUUGAGAUCACCAGCAGAGAUGUUGUUUGGAAGACCCAUCCGAACCACAUUACCAAGUCACUAUCUUUCGAGAGAUUCUGCUGCCACCGAGUUUCUCUUGAAUAGGCAAGACAAAAUGAAGGAAGUGCAUGAUCGACAUGCAAGUUCUGAUCUGCCACCACUGCAUGUAGGACAGCCAGUGAGGGUUCUGCAUCCAAGAGACCACACUUGGAUACCAGCCAAGGUAUCCAAGGUCUGUGAAUAA